CGCACGGCAGGCCCCGGGCGUGCGAGUUUUGGGCCCCAGGCCUGCGCCCAGCGAGGCUGGAAUGGGUGCGUUGGGACCGGCCCGCUGGGCUUGUAGCACUUUCGGCCCAAAGAGGAAAUGUGCGGCGGGCGGUGUUUUGCGAGCCGCCCGCCAGCUUCCCGAUCCGGAAAAUGCUGGAUCGGCGGCCCGGCACGGGGUGUUGUUUUGGAUUCGCCGUGGCUGUUGAUCUAUUGGCCGGAUGCGGCAAUGCCGGAGGUCUCACAACAAACAACUAUUCUGUACCGGCACGGCGUCUUCCCGACAGGCUUCGGGAAAAUUAAGCCAGCCACGGGGCCGCCCAUGCUAGCCUGGGGCGAAGGCUCUUCUUUAUUUUUUUUCAUAAUUUUUCUUUGGUUUUGCCCGUCGUGGGUGUUGCUUCUUUCCUUUCGAGAUGCUUUCUUCGCAUCCGCCUGCGGCCCUAAUACUUGCCCUGGUGCCCUGGGAAGGCGGCGCUCUGGAGUGCACAUCCGCGCGCGCCCCAAGAUCCCGCAGCCAAAGCUAGCUAUGGCGGUUUGGGCCAUGGGGCCAAGACGGAUGUUUCCUCACGUCUUCGGAUGUGUCGUGCCGUUGGCGGGUGGGCGGUGUUCUCGGAUUAGCUUUUUGUUUUGUGUGUUGUGGUUUGUGUUUUUUUGUGUUUUAUUUUUGUAUUCUAGGAUUUGUAUUUUGUCAAGAGUCAUCCGUUAUUAUUUCGUUCUUUUAGAUUUAUUCUCAUAUUCUGGGAUUUGUAUUUUAUCUCAACUUCUACGUGCUAUAUUGCAUUCACAUAUUUUGUGCGUUCUAUGUAUUCUUUGUUCUAUGUAUUCUUUGUUCUAUGUAUUCUUUGUUAUGUGUAUUCUUUGUUAUGUGUAUUCUUUGUUAUGUGUAUUCUUUGUUAUGUGUUUUUUAUUCCAUGUGUUCUUUGUUCUAUGUAUUCUUUGUUAUGUGUAUUCUUUGUUAUGUGUAUUCUUUGUUAUGUGUUUUUUAUUCCAUGUGUUCUUUGUUCCAUGUGUUCUUUAUUCUACGUGUUCUUUAUUCCAUGUGUUCUAAUAUUCUAUUCUAAUGUUCAAUGUGUUCUAUUUUCUUCUUAUUUUCUGUGUUCAAUUUUCUUCUCAUUUUCUGUGUUCAAUUCUCUUCUCAUUUUCUAUGUUCUGUUUUCUUCUCAUAUUCUGUGUGUU